AUGGCUUCUCGGUGUCAGAAAUGUGGACAACAGGUGCCCAGGAAUCCACCUUUCACUGCUGUCCGGAUAACAGAAGGAGAAAUGAAAUCUUAUCAUGAUUUUAUAGGAGGAUGCAUUAGACUGGAGCACAUGGUAAAGAAAGAUGAAAUCAUGCAGCAGGAGAUACGGCCACUGGUUGCAGUAGACAUAAUAGAGCAGCUCCACAGACAAUUUGCUAUCUUGUCAGGAGGAAGAGGCAAGGAUGGGGCACCUAUUAUAACUUUUCCAGAAUUUGCAGGAUUCAGUGACAUACCUGAUGAAGAUUUUCUGAAUGUGGUCACAUACCUAACCAGCAUUCCCAGUCUGGAGGCUGCCAGCAUUGGAUUCAUCAUCAUCAUAGACAGACGACGGGACAAAUGGAGCGCAGUCAAGGCAUCCCUGACACGGAUAGCAGGAGCAUUUCCAGGAAACCUGCAGCUGGUGUUUGUCCUGCGACCCUCCCGCUUCAUCCAAAGGACAAUCGCUGACAUCGGCAUUAAGCUCUAUCGAGAUGACUUUAAAAUGAAGGUACCGAUCAUCAUGUUAAAUUCUGUCUCUGAUCUGCAUGGCUAUAUUGACAAAAGUCAGCUGACCCGGGAGCUGGGAGGAACCCUGGAGUAUGGGCACAGUCAGUGGAUACAUCACCGAACUGCUAUUGAAAACUUUGCAAUGACAGUAAAAACAACAGCACAGAUGCUACAGACCUUUGGAACAGAUCUAGCAGAGACUGAACUUCCCAACGAUGUGCAGUGCACAGAGGAGCUCCUCUCUGCACACACUGACCACCAUAGCAAGCUGAAGGAUGAGCUGAAACUAGCUGUGAAGCAGGGGGCCACCCUACUGACAUGCAUUAGGGAACCAGUCACCCGAAGUGCCAACAGCAAACUCAGUCCAGAUGAACUGGAAAAUGUGGCAACAGUAGAAAGGUUGUUGGCUCAGCUGGAUGAAACAGAAAAGGCUUUUGAUCAAUUUUGGACCAAGCAUCACCUAAAACUAGAACAAUGUCUGCAGCUUCGACACUUUGAACAUGAUUUUAGAGAGGUAAAACUGGUAUUGGAUAAUCUCAUGGAAGCACAAGCAGGUUUUGCUGACAUUGGAGACAGUGUGACUCGAGUGGAGCACCUCCUAAGGGAACAGAAACAACUGGAAGAGAAAGGACAGGAACCUUUGGAGAAGGCCCAGUCUCUAGCUCUCCAUGGAGAACAGCUCAUCCAAAACAACCAUUAUGCAGUUGACUCCAUUAGACCAAAGUGUGUUGAACUCAGGCGUAUUUGUGAUGACUUUACCAAUGAGUCCAAGAAAAAGUAUGAUAUUUUGGGAAAGUCUCUUGAGUUGCAUAAGCAAUUAGAUAAGGCAAGCCAAUGGUGCGAAGCUGGAAUCUACCUCUUAGCUUCCCAAGCAGUGGACAAGUGCCAGUCACAAGAGGGAGCUGAAACUGCACUCGUUGAAAUUGAGAAGUUCCUGGUAACAGCUAAGGAACACCAGCUCUCUAAUCCGAAGGAGUUCUACAAUCAGUUUGACAUGAUCCUCACGCCUGAAAUAAAGGCCAAUGCCCAAAGAAUUCUACAAAAGCUAGAAGAUGUACAAGAGAUGUUUGACAAGAGGCAAGUAAGCCUGAAGAAGCUGGCAGCCAAACAAACCCGGCCAGUACAACCUGUUGCCCCACAUCCUGAAUCCUCCCCAAAGAGAGCAUCACCAAAGAUUACCAGACCAGCAGGAACAGCUACCAACAGGAGGUCCACGGAAAUUUCCUGCCCUCCAAAGACUGUUUCUGAAGUAGAGUUGUCAAAAAAGAAAAGUAUUAAGAAGACUAAAGGUGGAAUUAAGAUUGAAGUGAUGCAUGAAGCUAGUCAAGGAGGAUCUAGCAGAGUCCUAGUAAUGAGCGAGAGUGAUGAGAACUUGUCAACAAGGAGGAGCCACAUAAUCAAUGAGCUAAUAGAAACAGAACGGGUUUAUGUAGAAGAACUUCAAAGUAUAAUAGAGGGAUAUGCUUCAGAAAUGGACAAUCCCAAUUUAGUACAUCUGAUUCCAUCUGCACUCCAGAACAAGAAGGAAAUUCUUUUUGGGAACCUCCCAGAAAUCUACGAAUUCCACAACAGGAUUUUCCUUAAGGAGAUAGAAAAUUGUAUUGAAAACCCUGAGCUGCUUGCCCGAUGCUUUUUGAAAAGAAAAGAGGACCUCCAAAUAUAUGAAAAAUACUGUCAGAACAAGCCAAGAUCUGAAGCUCUUUGGAGGCAGUGUGGAGACAGCAUAUUUUUUCAGGAAUGUCAACGUAAAUUGGAUCAUAAGCUCUCACUAGAUGCUUAUCUCUUAAAGCCGGUCCAGAGAAUCACCAAGUACCAGCUGCUGCUAAAGGAAAUGCUGAAGUGCAGCAAGAAUUCAGAAGGUACUGCUGAACUGGAAGAAGCCCUGGCCACAGUGCUUGACAUCAUCAAAUCAGUAAAUGACUCCAUGCACCAGAUAGCAAUCACAGGAUACGAGGGGGAUGUCAGUGAGCUUGGCAAGCUAUUGAUGCAGGGUUCCUUCAAUGUGUGGACUGACCACAAGAAGGGGCACAACAAGGUGAAGGACUUGGCUAGAUUCAAACCAAUGCAGAGACACCUCUUCCUUUAUACAAAGAUGCUACUUUUCUGCAAGAAACGGGAGGAGAACUCAGAUGGCCAUGAGAAGACUGCUUCGUACAGCUUUAAAAAUUCAUUAAAGAUGAGCACUGUGGGCAUUACAGAAAAUGUAAAAGGGGAUAAUAAGAAGUUUGAGAUCUGGUAUAAUGGCAGAGAAGAGGUCUAUAUCAUUCAGGCAUCUUCUGUUGAGCUAAAAAACACCUGGAUUUCAGAGAUUCGCAAAGUCCUGACAGGACAACUGGAAGCAUGUAGAGAAGCAAGUCAACUGCACCAAAGAAUCACUGAGAGUGUGUAUCAUGCACCAAUGGAUUCCUCCAACGCAAGCAGGUAUAGCAGGAAGUCAUCCAGUAUAUAUGAAAACAAAUCCGAGACAUCAAAUGUAGAAGCAUCUAACAAUAAAAACAGGAAUUCCAGUCCCAGCUCCAGACAAAAGAGAGUUGAUGCUUCCACCAGCCUUAACCUUGAGCGCACAGCGCUUUCUAGAAAGCGAUUCACAUUGCAAGGUCUUUCCAACCGCAGAGCUCCACCCAAAGAUCCAGAAUCUAAGGAAAGAGAAGUUACCCGUCGCUUUUCCCUUGCCUCCUCCAUCAGCACCACAGUUAAUGCUUCUGCUGUGACCAAAGGUCCCCUUGUUCCUGCAGUUAAAGUCAAGAGACAUGAAAUAAAGAGUGACCCAACUCCCCUGGGGUUUGAAGAUGCUUUUGAGAACACCAUAUUGGCCCAGACUAAAUGUAAUGCCGGUUCCACCAUGAGACCUGUACCUAGAUCUGCCUCACAGACAGGUUGGCCCAGCAGGCAAAUGCCAUCUCUAGACACAUUUGAGGAUUUUGAAGCCAUCCCCUCCAGCACAGAUGAACUCUCCAACUCUUCUGACUUGGAAGAAGAGACCAACCCUAACAAUGGGACUAAUCUUUUUCGGGUAGAAGGCAGUUUUGACAGCUGCUUCCCAGAUUCUUUCACACUUGAGGAUGGAGAUUUAGUGCAGUUUGUACAGGAAGGAGAGAACGGUCAAUGGUUAGUGAAGAAACUGGUUUCUGAGAAAAGUGACUGGGUUCCUUCCAGUAUAUUGCAGCCAGCAGAGGGGGACAGUAACAACAUAAUUAAGAACAAUAAUGCAGACACGUACAAUGAUUCCUGCAGUAUGGCCUCAGUAGAGUCAGACACCAAGGAGAGUGAGGUGGCCAAAAGCUUCCCAGCAGAACAGAGGGCUGGCAGCUGA